GACACUAAAGUUAGACCUGGCUAUUCUCAAACAAAAGCGAAGUUGGACCCUGCACAAGCUCUUGCCCUCGCCAUGGAGAAGUUUAAGGCUGCAAUGAUUCUAGCUGGGACAGGGGAUGCUUUGGGCUAUAAGAACUUCAGCUGGGAAAUGUGUGCUUCAGGUGUAAAGAUCCAAGAAGAGCUAAAACAACUUGGAGGAUUGGAAAAUUUGGUUCUGCCAGCAGACAAAUGGCCAGUGAGUAACAAUACUCUAAUGCACAUAGCCACGGCAGAAUCACUGGUCUCAGAUUACUGGAGUUUAGAAGACCUGUACCGUGAGAUGGUAAAACAUUAUGUUGAUGUUGUUGACAAACUGCAGGGGAGGCGGCCUGAUCCAGCAACUAUUGAAGGAUGUGCUAACCUUAAACCAGAUAACUACCUGCUUGCUUGGCACACCCCAUUCAAUGAAAAAGGUUCAGGCUUUGGCGCUGCAACAAAAGCCAUGUGUAUUGGGAUGAAAUACUGGAAACCAGGACGAUUGGAAACACUGAUUGAAGUCAGCAUUGAAAGUGGGAGAAUGACUCAUAAUCAUCCAACAGGGUUCCUUGGGUCCCUGUGCACGGCCCUGUUCACUUCCUAUGCAAUUCAAGAGAAGCCAGUUGUUCAGUGGGGAAGAGACAUGAUGAAGGUGCUACCUAUGGCUGAAGAGUACUGUAAGAAGACUAUACGGCACAUGGCAGAAUAUCAGGAGCAUUGGUUUUAUUUUGAGGCUAAGUGGCAAUUUUACCUGGAAGAAAGAGAAAUUGCAGAAGAGAAUGAGAAUAAGCCUAAAUUUCCUGAUAAGUAUGAUGCAGAAGAAAGAGACAAGACAUACAGGAAAUGGAGCUCAGAGGGAAGAGGGGGAAGAAGAGGACAUGAUGCCCCUAUGAUUGCAUAUGAUGCUCUUCUAGGGGCAGGGGAUGACUGGAAAGAACUUUGUAAUAGAGCAACGUUUCAUGGAGGAGAAGGUGGUGCCACUGGGUCCAUAGCAGGGUGUCUUUAUGGAUUGCUCUAUGGUAUAAGUAAAGUGCCUAAGAACUUAUACGAGCAGCUAGAGAUGAAGGAAAGACUUGAAACCCUUGGCGAGAAGCUCUAUCAAGUAGCUACAGUGGAAAAUGCCAUAAAGUCAGUGCUUCAUGGUGGUAAGAUGUUAUUAGAUCCACUGUUCCUGAAGAAGAAGAUUAACAAGCGGUUGGACCUGGGAGUAUGUAUUGUUCUCAGUAGUCUGCUAGAUUACAUUACAAGCCUGAAUGAUGGGGGUUCCAUGAAAGAAAACAAUCACGAGCAACCCAUUCAAGCUCAAGAAAAAAUGAUUAGACACAGCAAGCAGGAUGAGGCCCUGUCAAAAAGUAGCAGGAGUCCCACUCGAUUUCAGCUUCUGCAGUCAAAGUUUAUGAACCCAAACCAUGAGCCUCCAAUAAAAAAGCCUAGAGACAUAGGAAAAUUAACAUCCGAUGAAAGCCCAUUUACUGUUCGAUCAACAAGUAGUCUCAUUAAAAAAUUUAAUUGUGUAAAAGACAAAAAUGAGAAAGAAAGGAAGGAGUUAGCAUUGCGUAAUGAAAAAUCCAUAGGCAAUAAAUUCACUGGAAAAAAUACAGUGAAAUCGGUUUUGCAGAAAUUUAUAGCUGCAGAGGAAAAGGAAAAUGAUUCAAAAUCUCAAGUGGCAAAUCUUGUGAAGAUGAAGAGCAAAUCAGCAAAAAUACUCAAUAAAAAUUCUGUUUCUGCUUUAAAAUUAAAGUUUGAAGAAAAUCCCCAAAUCUGUUCAGUGAAGUCUUCUUUAAAAAAAGUGAACAGAACCAAAUCUUCCUGCAGAACAAUGAAUGAAAUAGAAGUAAAGUUGUUAGACACCCCAACAAUUGCUGUAACCAUUCUGGAGAAUCCAGUUCCUGAACAUGCAUUGGUAGCAGAACAGGCCAGUCUUAUCACUGGUAUUGCGAGUGUCGGUACCCGUCAGGGAGUGUGGAUGGCCUGUGAUCACAACAAGCCUCAAACCUGCAACACUGAGAUCUCUGGGUUCAACUGUGACAAUCUGAAUAUUGAUAAGAGUGAAGCUGUAGAUUAUGCAGAUAAGCAUAGUUGUCCUCUUGAUAAAGAGAAACCAUUAUAUUCAAGCAAGGAAAUAUUAGAUCCAAAAUCAGAAAGUUCUAACCAUUCUUUAUACUCUAAGGAAGAGAUACUAGUAUGUAUGGAUGAUAAACAGAUUGGUGGUCAGUGGGCUAUGCAACAAUCACAGGAUCCUUCAGGACUUUCAGAAGAAGACAGGACAGAAAAUAUAAAGAAUGGACUGACUACAGUUGUUAAUGGACAUACACCAGAAAGGACAAAUCAUGAAAAUCUUUCUAAUACCUUGAAAAUGAAAGAUGUUGAAGCUAAUAAUAUAGCAACCAAGACAGAGAAGAAUCAUAUUUCUCAUGUUACGCUACACAACAGUGAAGAAUCUCAAGUAUUCAAUACGAUUACUAAAAACCCUUGCUGUACAAUGAACAAUAGCAAAGAUAACAGUGACAUCAAGCAACCAACAAGCAAUGAUGGAAAUAAUGCAAAAACAGAUCUUUCUACUAAGGAGUCAAGAGCUACAGAACAAAAAGAGUCAUAUCUGAUAAACAAAUUAAAUAUGGAGGAAAACCAAGUGUCUACUAAUGGGACCACUCCUGUUGUGCCAGUUUCUGAAACAACCAAUUCUUUGCACAAUCCCAAAAAAACAGGAAUUAGAGAGAGCAAUGACAUUUCCAAAUGUAAAAAAGUAAAGGGCAGAGGCUUAGGUAUUAAAUUGGAAAUUAAAUAUGCUAAGUACUUGCCAGUAGAUGAUUUUUUUACAAUAGAGCUUAAAGACAUUCCUUCAAUUAUCCCUUUAACUAGAAAUGGUGUAUGUAGCACCGAAUCUAGCUUUCAGAUUGAAUGGGCAACAUGUAAUACUCCAGUCUUGUAUGAAAGCCCUGCUGUGCAUUCUUCCUGUGCAGAGGCUGUGAAUAAUCACCCACCAGAGACUGGAAGGAAAAGAAAUAGCCCUUGUCAGAGAAGUGAGCCUCAAUAUCAAGAUUCCAAAGAAAACUGUUCUUUGCACGCAACCCCAAAAGAUACAUUUGUGGUCAAGAACACAGAGGUCAAGUUGCCAAACCCCAACAAGGCAGCUGGCAAAAAGGUGCUUUCCAAGUAUCAUAUCCCAUCAGCAAGAGAUAUGCCCAGCAGUGAAGAUCACACAAAACUGAGUGGCAGCAGGGGGCAAUCCUCAGAUUACACAAAGAUGGCUGAUCUGUCCAAAUAUAAAGCACAAAGUUAUCAGGACAUUGAAAUGUCACAGAAACAGUCAUUCAAACCUCUAGUGAUUACAGCAAGUGACACAUUUUAAUGCCACGCGUGAUUUUCCUUUUUUAAAUAUUUUACAUUUUCAAUUCAUAUGUCCCCUGCUAAAAUAAUUGUUUCCUUUAGCUUGAUCACAUUAUAUAAGAUACAAUUUACCACAGAAACCUGGUAAAGCAAAGAUCUUUCAGUGCCUCAUAUUUUGUAAAUAGUUGGGGGGGGGAUUCAGUCAAAACCUCACCCUCCAUAAAACAGUCAGCCAAGACUUUAAUCCAACCCCUAAAGGCAAAAAGAGAUGGAUCACCUUCAACUGGCCAAUGCUUUAAAGGCAUAAAACAUUAAUGGGGUUAUGUAAUAAAUGGCACUACCUAAUCGGCAUACCUGCUUAUUAGUUAGUGACAUUUAUUACAUAACCCCAUUAAUGUUCUCCUGGUCACCUGUCUAAAAGUAAACAUCUUAUUUUUUGCUAUGGGUUACUGCUUCUGGGCAAACUAGAGCAUAACAUAGAGCAAACAUAUGGGGGUAAGACUGGAUUUAUAGGCUGGGAAAUGCAAAUCCUACUAAAAUUGCUGAAAUUCAGACUAAUGGCUGAAAUGCUUGCCUGGCUUUAAGUGGUAAAGGCAUAUGAAUAACUGUGUAUCAUAUUUAGUGCAAUGUUUUGUAAUGAAGCUUUUAGUAAAUAUGUAUUUGUGUGUGUGUGCUGUUUUUUCCCAUAAUGUCAGUAUCUUCCAACAUGAAUAUUAACUUUAUUAUACUUUGUGAUAAAAAUCUAUAAAUAUAUAUAUAGAAAUAUAUAUAUAUUUUUUUUAUUGAAAAUAAAAUAAACUGUUGAUGCAGUUUUCACCCCAAGAGCCUGCAUCCCAAAGGAUGCUAAAUGAUUGAAGCAAUCCGAUAUACCCAAAUGUGCUUAUCUUUCAGUGUAUGGCCAAAUUUAGAUAUCCUCUUCUAUACAUAUACAAUGUAUAUACAUAGAAAAGGAUAUCUGAUGAGGAUAUCAGAAGAGGAUAUCUUUGAUUUUCAUGACAAUAUAUGUAGAAGAGUUGAAGACAAACCAUAAGAUUUUCCUAUUUAUGCUGUAAGAAGUGCUUUUUUCCCAAAACGCAAGUGUCAUUGUGGCCACAUGUGGGCAUUGCGCCUGACAUUUGCGCUGCAUCUAGUAAAAUUACAUCCAAUUCUCAAAAUGAACACAACUGCAAACGUGUUUCCUUACAAAUAGGACACAAUUGCAUGUCGAUCUGGUGUCAUUUCUGGUGUUUGGUGUGAGAGUGACGUCUGUACCCAAUUCUUUAGGUGCAAGUGAACAGUGCUUAUUGACAAAAGGGAGCCCUGGAGCUACUGCCACAUCCUGACCAGGCGAUUCUCCUGAGUCAAUGGGCGCAGCAGCGCCUGAUUCGGAACAGAAGGCAGUGCCCAGCACAGCUAUAGGGAAAUGUGACACAAGUAACUUUAAUAAAAUUGGUUUUACAUGCAGCCAAUUGUGGAGAAAAGUGCAAGUUGCUGACUGUGUUUUGGGCACAAAUAAGUCCUAAACAUUAGUGACAGGCAGGAAGCAUGUGUACAAUUGGAGAGAGAAUGAUUGGUGGUAAGCGAAAAAAUAGAGAGUGUCAGGGUGAGUUUGGGGCCAUGGGGACUGAGGAUCAGUAGUGGGGGCUGGGGCUUUCCUGUGGAUGAAAUAGGGGGAAAGGGGGUUGGCUGAGUGUGGGACAGGGGUAGACAGGGUACCACCAGGCCAAGUAGCAUUGCCUUGGACACCUAUACUUUUUGGCUGAGACACAGCAUCAGUAAAACGUAACCAUUUAUUGGACCUGUGGUGGGCUCUUUGGGCCUCUGUGUACUUAGAAUUCCAGGAUCCCAGUAAGGCCUGCUAACAGCUCUCUAUCUCUGGUUAGAGAGUUGUUGGCCCUGAUGCCAAAUUAUUAUACUGAUGUGGUCCAGCAUUUUGGUGGCCAAAAGCAUAAAGAUUUGUUGUUUUGGCAAUUUGCUAAACUAGCAGAACUUACAGCAUAUGUUCAGCAUAAGACCUAUCAGAAUCAUCACAACAAAGUAAAGGGGGCAAGUACAGGUAGAAGAGGCUCCUUUGUUCCUUAUGUUCCGCCUAGGUUAGAGUAUCAUCACAUGACAUUGUGCUACUACUGGCCACAUUGGGAGGUUUAUUUAUCAAAAUUCAAAUCUGUGAAUUUUAUCAUUUUUUUUAAAUUCAAAUAAACUUGAAUUUUACUGGA